GUGGCAUGCUCCGAUUAGCCGCCUUAAUAUCUCGAUCCGUGUGGAAUGGUUGCCUCGGGCGGUUCAGCUGCAGCCUGCCUGGCCCCCAAAUCCCAAAUGGUCACGAUGGCCAUCCACGGUUAAAUAACAGUGUCAAGCGCCCGGCCGCCCUAUUCCUCUCCUUGGGCCUUGGAAAUUGAUGCUGACCACACUGCAUCUCUCCACCCGCAUCUGGUUUUUUUUUCUCGUGAAACCAUCAAGACAUACUUGCACUUUGGUCGCGUUUCUCUCCUAUUGUCUCAAGACUCUGCUUCACUUUCACGCGUGACGAUCAAUAUGGGAGCCGCAGUUGAGCCCGACCUGAAAUCGACGGCGACAACGCCAACCCCGCAUUCUUUCCCUUCAACGCUUGAUAUCGAGACCGCUGAAUCGCAACCUUCAGAUUGCGAUGUGAAUAUCAAGAUCCCCAAGGUUUUUCCUUGUGAAAACAUCAAGGACAUGGCGGGAAACGUAACCAGAAUCGGGAUUCGACCAUACCACAGCACAAACCCGACAUCGAUGGCCUUGGUACCAGUGGAGACACCAAAUGAAGACGGCACUACCACUCUCAAGCGCCAUCUUCCAGGUCAACCGCGAGUUCGGCUGGACGAUCAGAAUCCCGGCAGUCAUUGGAAGACCUUGACGGCUUAUUUGAAUGAGAACCACCUGACCACGAAGCUGGAUGGUAUGUUCAAGUAUAUGAAGUAUGUCUUUGUCCAAACUCCCUCUUUCCUUCACAUCAUGUCCCUCCACCACCAGUACGCACACGACCGAGAGAUCAAGAUCGACGAGCAUCCCUGUCUUCAUCUGGUCUGGUACUACGAGCGAAUCUACGUCAAACCCAUCCCGGCCUACUUCUACUGCGCCGCCUUCUGGGAGUACAUCGCCAACGCCCACCUGGAUGUUUAUCGAGCUUGCCUCGGCUUCAUGAGGAGCUACUACUUCUUGAUCCAGUAUGAGGUCGACUUUGCGUUGGCAUGUGAGAAGAUGUUGAUACCCAAAAAGUCCAACGGGCAAUUUCCCACAUACGAAGAAUGGUGCGACUUCAUCGAGCCCUUCACCAAAAUCCACGACAUCCAAGUCCCCAAGCGGUACCACUACGGCGAACUGCGCCUCAGUCGACUCAACAUGGCUGCAGCUUUCUUUAAGAGGAAGUUGGCUUUCUUCCACAUUUACCCUCAAUGGGGCUCCUUCCUCACCCACAGCCUGGGACCCCUGCUCACCAUCUUCGCAAUCUGCUCCGUCGUGCUCAACUCGAUGCAGGUCAGUCUGCAGGCGCUCGACACAGAUCUUCCGAAAGACCAUGCAUGGCCCACGUGGAAGGCCGUGUCGGUGUGGUUCCCGAUUGUCGUGACGAUUUUGAUUGCCGUGGUGAUCCUUCUGGCUUUCAGCGGCGUUUGUGUCAUGGCUGUGGUAGAUCUCUAUAGUGGCAUCAGGACGCGUCGCAAAAAAAGAAGAGGUGAUGCGACAGCUGGCAAAAAGACACAUGGCGUUAUCUGGUAGAGUGUUGUCGGAACGCCGAUCUCCAGGACAGCUUUUGUCGGAUGCCUCAGAACGCCGAUAGGUCAAACCGUAUGGAAAGAAGAACGGGGCUUCGUCGAUAUUGGGCCGAUGCUUCCAGUG